CCUGAAGGUACUGAGAACCCGUAACCUAUAAUACAUUCUGUAUUCAAAGCCGCAUUUAGUGAUCUUCAUGAUGCUGUGUUCCUUACUGGCUUCGUAUCUGUUGGCAUUGAGUAUAAAUAAUGUUCUGUCACUGGAUGUGCUGAAUUUCCAGUGGAAAGCGAUUGAAGGCAGGGCUGAGAACGCGACUGUUCGGAAGGCCAGGGGUGUAGACACCCCACCUCCUAUCGACUGCAGGCUGAGGCAGUGGUCAUCGUGGACCCCCUGUACAGUGUGUAAAGAAACAAAGAGUCGCUUCAAGUAUCUGGAGCAGGCAGCUCAGUUCAGUGGCACAGAAUGCACAAGCGGCCAGUGGGAGACGAAAGCGUGCGCCGCGGCACCCGAGUGCGAUCGCAAACACGAGUGUGCCGGCGGCUUCACCUGCAAGGAGACAGGACGCUGUGUGAGUGAGCGCCUGCGCUGUAACGGGGAGCAGGACUGCAGAGACUGGUCCGAUGAGGAUGAGUGUGAUGAAGAAAGCUUCCCUGAAGGCAUGUGCUCUCAGCUCUUCCCCAUUCCCGGCUCUGAGAUCGCCGUCCGCGGAUAUAAUAUAAUGACUGGGGAGUUUCUUCAGAACACUAUUGAUCCAACAUACUAUGGAGGAGUUUGUGAAUAUGUCUACAACGGGGAGUGGAGGAAGCUUGUGUAUGAUGCUUUUUGUGAAAACCUGUACUACAAUGAUGAUGAGAAAUAUUACAGAAAACCCUACAACUUCCACACCUACCGCUUCAUGGGUCAGGCUGAGACGGGCGGUUCCUCUGAAUAUUACGAAGACGCUGCCAGUUUGCUCAAAGCCAGGAAGGACGAGAACAGCUUUAAUUUGGGCUUCACGUUUGGAAUAGACACUGUUGAGGUUGGCCUCUCAGGAAGCAGUGAAUCCAUGAUUCUCAGCAAUAUAUCAAAAUACGACGCAAAAAACCUGGGAUUCGUCAGGUUGGUGUCCAAGGUGCAGACGGCUCAGUUCAAGAUGAGGAGCAGCGGGUUGAUGCUGGAUGAGGACAUGUACCAGUCCCUGGUGGAGCUGCCAGAGGAGUACCACUUCGGCGCAUACUCGCGCUUCCUCACCCAGUACGGGACGCAUUACAUCACCUCAGGGAUCAUGGGAGGCCGGCUUGAGUACAUUUUGGUGGUUGACAAAACAGAAAUGGCAAAUUCCGAGCUAUCUGGAAAGGAGGCUGGGAUCUGCCUCGGUGCAUCAAUAGGGUUUGCAUUGAGCGACCAGUCCACAUUGACACUUAAAGGAAAAACAUGUGACAAGCAUGGAACAUUUUCUGUAGGAGGGGACAAAUCUAGCAGCUUCAUAAAGGAUGUGAUCAGUAACGUUCAGGGGGGCAGUACAGGGUCGAGUGGAGGCCUGCUGGCUGUGAGAGAUGCAAAGACAUACCAGAGCUGGGGCAAGUCACUGAAGUACAACCCGGGGCUCAUUGAAUUUGAGUCCCUCCCCGUGUACGAGCUGGUCCGCUUCAGCGCCGCGGCGGAGGACAUGAAGGGGAAGGUGGCCCUCCUGAAGAGGGCCUAUGAAGAGUACCUGCAGGAAUUCAGCUCCUGCCGCUGCGCCCCCUGCAAGAACAACGGAAUACCUGUCCUCCUGGGGACGUCCUGCCGCUGCCUGUGCAAGCAGGGCUAUCAGGGCGUGGCCUGCGAGGAGACGGAGAGGAAAGGUCCGACCCAUGGAUCGUGGAGUUGCUGGGGUCCCUGGUCAGCCUCUCAGUCACAGAAGAAGACCAGAGAACGGCAAUGUAACAACCCUGCACCACUCAAUGAGGGAAAGCCCUGCCUGGGAAAGGCAACACAGACAUACAACAUCUGACCUCACAGAGGGAUCAUCACAGAGGGAGAGUCACACACACACACACACACACACACACUCUCACACACACACAGCUUCGGACCUCUCUCUCACAGAGGGAGUCACAGACACACAUCAUCUAAUUCCUCUGUCACAUGUGACAUAAUUCCAUCACUGGAAACCCAAAUCCACCUCUGCCACAGAACCCUUGAAAUUGGAAUGGAAUUGAGAUAUAUGUACUGUGUGUGACCUGAUGAAAUGGCAUUGAAAGAUUG